UAAUAUGGCCCAUCAUCAUCGAAUCACGAUGUGAAUCAACAACCAAAAAAAAACGUAUUGGUAAACAUGGAUUUUAUUUAAUCAACAUUCUAUGUGUUAUAAUAAUCUAUAAUAACCACAAUAACAACACAACCUUAAUAUUUUUUUUUUUUUUUUUUGAUGAUACUGAUAAAUAGUGAUUGCAACUAAUUUUGUUUGUGUAUAUCUAUGUGUUGAGGCGUUGUCAUUCUCUAUUUAUCAUCAAUAACUGCGUCAUUUUUUAUUUCGAUGUUGUCAUUGAAUUGAUUAAAAAUUCAUUUAUUCAAGAUAAAUAUUUUACCUGUAUGAUGAAUGAAAAAAAUGGAAAAAAGAAAAACAACAACCUGAAUGCCAUUAAUUUCAUCCAUUGAUUCACAUCAGAGAAUCCAUUUAUCAUCAUCAUCAUCACAGAAAAAAAUUAAGUCGUAUUUUGUUUUGGUGGUUGCUGGAUCUUUUUGGAUUUUUUUCAAAAAAAAAAUGUUUCGAUUUUUUUUCAAUCGAAUCAUAUAUGAUCUACGAUUGUUCUGAUAUUAUAUAAAUAUUUUAUUUUUGCUGCAGCAACAAAUUUCGCUUCCUGGUUACAAUCACACACACACACACAUACAGAUAAAUUAUAUAACAGAAAUUGAAUUCAAACUCAAUUUUCUCCUGAUCAAAUAUCAUCGCACAUUGCAAAUACAUUUGAUUUUGUUUAUUGAUCAACAACAACGAAAUCUUGUCUUCCAUUUUUUUUCGAAUGAUAAUAACACAUUGAUUCAAAAACGGCAGCCCAAAACAAUGGCAAUGGAACAUAAAAAACUAAUCAUUACAUUAUCGAUUAUUGGAUUAAUAUUGACUAUCCUCGGUAUUGUAUUUUUGCCAAUUGGCCAGAAUUUGAUCUCAAAUAUUUUACAUAAAAAAUUGGCCACUUUACCCGAUAAUCCUGGCUAUAUACUAUGGCGUGAUAUGGAUAUACCGAUUUAUCAAAAAUUCUAUCUAUUCAAUAUAACAAACACCGAAGAAAUGUUAUCCGGCGGGCGACCUACGGUAAAUGAAAUUGGUCCAUUUGUUUAUCAUUUAAACAUGACAAAAGGUGAUAUUAAAUUUAAUUCGAAUAACACUAUUGUUUCCUAUGUGGAAAAGAAACAAUUUCAUUUCGACGCAAAUUUAUCAUCAUAUGAUUUACAAACACAGAUAACAAUCAUGAAUAUACCACUGAUAACCGUGUAUAAAAUGUUAAAUUCAAAUUCAAUACCACCAAUAUUAAAGCCAAUCAUACGUGCUAUUUUUAAUCGUUUGAAAUUUAGUUUUUUCAUUACGGCAUCAGUUGAUGAAUUAUUAUUUAGUGGCUAUAAAAGUGAAUUAUUAUGUGAAUUGAAACGAAUACUACCAAAACAAGUGCCAUCAUGUUAUUUUUCAUUAAUGUCAAAUCAAAAUGAUACAUGGUCUGGACCAUAUGUCCAAUAUACUGGUCAUGAUCAAAUUGACCGUUUAACAACGUUAAUAUCGUUUAAUGGAUCAUCCAAAUUAAAUUAUUGGCGUACUGAUAAAUGUAAUCAGAUUAAUGGUACACAAAAUGGUGAACUAUUUCCACCGGCUGGUCAAUUUGGUCAACAUAAAAUUUAUCAAUUUUUUCGUCCAGAUUUUUGUCGUACAUUCAAUUUAACAUUGAACGAAACAAACAUUCAAAGUGAUGUUGGUUCAUUACGUACAGAUCGUUUUCAUAUAGAUCGACAUUCAUUUAUGAAUUCGAUUGAUUAUCCACCAAAUAGUUGUUAUCAAUCUAAAUUAUCAUCAAUUAAAAUGGCUGCUACUUCCAAUGCUUCUACUGCUGCCACUGCUAUGGAUAAUGAUGAAAAACAACGAUGGAAAAGAACGAUUGAUCAAUUAUUGAAAACUUUUAAAUUGGAUUCGAAAGAAAUAAAUCACCUUUUACAUAAUCAAAAUUCCACCGAAUCGAUUAAUGACAACAAAGCGACGAUGAUUAUGAAGCAACCAGUUAUAAAACCAUCAGGUGUUUUCGAUAUUUCAGCAUGUCAACAAGGAGCACCAAUAUUUAUAUCGUUGCCACAUUUUUUAGAUGCCUCUGAUUAUUAUCGUAAACAAUUGAAUGGAUUACAUCCGAAUCGUACCAAACAUGAAUCAUAUAUUGAUAUUGAACCACAAACCGGCACACCAGUCGAUUUUAUUGCUCGUAUACAGGUUAAUGUUGAUUUACAAACCGCUGGUACAUCACAACCAAAAAUGGCAUCAUUAAUAAUGCCUACAAUGUGGCAAAGUUUAACGAUUCAUAUAACACAAGAAAUAGCCAAUACAAUUGAACAGCAAACAAAACAACCACGUAUUAUUGCUUAUACCGUUGCAGCAUUAAUCCUGAUUAUUGGAUCAAUAAUGUUGAUUUAUUCAAUUUUCGUUUGUGUUUUAUAUUAUUGGCAUCGUCAUCAUUUGGAUGAUGAUUAUAAUUUUUUUACUUUCAAAUCGCCCUUUAAAAAACAAUUUUUAUUGAUGACCGAAAAUGCUACAUAUGCAUAUGGUGAUCAAAUAUGCUCAUGGUUAUCGUUGGGACAUGAUAGGAGCAAACCACAACGGAUAUAUUGUCUUGAUGAUAUGAAAAUUGUUCAAGUAGAUUAUGGACGUAAUUUUGUUGCCAUUCUAACUGAUGAUGGACAAGUAUUCCUAGCCAGCAAUGUGAAAUCUAAAUGGGAAACGAAUAAAACAUUACGAUUGAUUUCCAACGAUAAUGAUCAGUUCAAGAUGAUUGCUUGUGGAUGGUCGCAUUUAUUAUUAUUACGACAUGAUGGUCAUGUUUUCGCUAUGGGUCAUAAUGGUUAUGGUCAAAUAACUGGUAAUGAAAAAUCAUCAUAUCAAAGUAUGAUCCACAUUGAUAAUCUAGAAAAUGUCGAGCUGAUAGUUUGUGGAUUUGAUCGAAGUUUUUCAUUAACUAAUAAAGGAAAAAUUUAUUCCUGGGGCCGUAAUGGUCGUGGCCAAUUAGGUCUUGGUGAUGCAAAAAACCGAAACACCCCAUGUCUUGUUGCAUAUCCUAAUGCUGACUUGAUCAAUAUCCGAAUCAAAGAUAUUGUUGCUGGUUAUCAACAUUCAUUAUUUUUAUUUGAAAAUGGUCAACUCUGGGGAUGUGGUUCUAAUUAUGCUGGUGAACUUGGUCUUGGUGAUGAAAAUAAUCGAUCAAUUUUGACAAAAAUACCGAUUGAAAAUGUACAACAAAUUGCAUGUUCAACAUUCCAUAACUUUUCAUUGGCACAUGAUGGAUCAUCGUAUUACGCAUGGGGCGCAACCAAUUAUGACGAAUGGUUAUCACCUAAAAAAUUGGAUGAUUCGCAUUCAUCAUUUGCUUCUGCAUCAGUUCAGAUAUUGAAUUCACCACUCACAUUUGGCCCCACAUUAAUAAUCCAUCCAUUCGGAUCACAUGAUUCAAAAUUGUACCAAUGCAGAUCAAUCAUCCAAUUAUUCAAUAAUCAAGAUAGUUAUGAUGUGGAAUUCAUCAUCGAGGACAAACGUAUUAAGGGGUGCAAAUGUUAUUUGAAAUCUGUAUCCAAAUUUUUUAGUGAUAAGUUUUCUGAUGAUUGGAAGAAAAAAAAUCAGGUAAUGAUCAGUGGUUAUAGCUAUAAUGCAUACAAUGCAUAUCUACGUAUGUUACAUUCGGGUAAAAUUCAUAUUAAUCGUCAAAACAUAACCGAAUUUGUUGAUCUGGCCAAUUGUUAUGGUGAUGAAAAAUUGAUGAAAUAUUGUGAAACAUUCAUACAAAAUGAUCUAAAUGAACAAACUAUGCCCACAUAUCUUCCAUUAAUUAAAAAAUACGAAAUAAAGGAAUUGCACGAUAAGUUCAGAAAUAAGAUAAUGGCAAGAUCACCGAUUGAAAAUAUCGAUAUUGAUUUAUUUCAAUAUGGUUUAAAAAAAAUUGAUCAAGAAUUUCUCCAAUCAGUCGUUUCGAUUUUUGAAUUGUUUCCUUUCUCAGGCACUGAAAUAGAAUUUUUAUUGAUGACCAAAGAAGCUACUUAUGCAUAUGGUGAAGUAAUAUGCUCAUGUUUAUCGUUGGAACAUGAUAUGAGCAAACCACAACGGAUAUCACUUUUAAAUGAUACGAAAAUAGUUCAAGUAGAUUCGAGCCAUGAUUUUGUUGUCAUUCUAACUGAUGAAGGACAAGUAUUCAUAGCCAGCGAUGUUGAUUCUAAAUGGGAAACGAAUAAAACAUUAAGAUUGAUUUCCAACGAAAAUGAUCGUUUUAAGAUGAUUGUUUGUGGAGGGUGGCAUUUAUUAUUGCUACGACAAGAUGGUCAUGUUUUCGCUAUGGGUUAUAAUAGUUGUGGUCAAAUAACUGGUAAUGAAAAAUCAUCAUAUGAAAGUAUGAUCCACAUUGAUAACCUAGAAAAUGUCGAGCUCAUAGCUUGUGGAGAGUAUCAUAGUUUAUCAAUAACGAAUAAAGGAGAAAUUUAUUCUUGGGGCGAUAAUGAUUUUGGUCAAUUAGGUCUUGGUGAUGAAAAAAAACGAAACACCCCAUGUCUUAUUCCAUUUCCAAAUGAUGAUUCAACCCGCAUCAAAGAUAUUGUGGCUGGCAAGUUUCAUUCAUUAUUUUUAUUCGAAAAUGGUCAGCUUUGGGAAUGUGGUUCUAAUAGUGAUGGUGAACUUGGUCUAGGUGAUGAUAUUAAACGAUCAAAGUUGACAAAAAUACCGAUUGAAAAUGUGCAACAAAUUGCAUGUUCAAAAUUCGACAGCUUUUCAUUGGCACAUGAUGGAUCAUCGUAUUAUGCAUGGGGCAAAACCGAAAAUGGCAAAUGGUCAUCACCUAGAAAAUUGGAUGAUCAUCCUACAUCAUUUGUAGCUGCAUCGGCAAUGAUUCUAUCAUCACCACUCACAUUUGGCCUCACAUCAACAAUCUAUGCAUUUGGAUCACAUGAUUCAAUAUCGUACCAAUUCAAAUUAAUCACUCAAUUGUUCGAUAAUCAAGAUAAUUAUGAUGUGGAAUUCAUUAUUGACGAAAAACGUAUUAAGGCGAGUAAAUGUUAUCUCAAAUCUAUAUCGAAAUAUUAUCGAGGAAUGUUUUCCGAAAAUUGGAGUGAAAAUAACCAAGUAAUCAUCGAAAAUUAUUCAUAUGAAACAUACUAUGAAUAUCUACGUAUGUUACAUAUUGGUAAAAUUGAAAUCUGUCAGCGAAACCUAACCGAAUUUGUUGAUCUGGCCAAUUUUUAUGGUGAUGAAAGGUUGAUGGAAUAUUGUGAAACAUUCAUACGGAAUGAUCUAAAUGAACAAACUAUGCCCACAUAUCGUACAUUAAUUAGCAAAUACGAAAUGAAGGAAUUGGACUAUGAAAUCGGAAAUAUGACAAGACCACCGACUGAAACUAUCGAUAUUGAGUUAUUUGAAGAUGAUUUCGAAAACAUCAAUCAAGAAUUUCUCCAAUCAGUCGUUUCGAUUUUUAGUUUUUUUCCUUUCUUAUGCCAUGAAAUGCAAUUUUUAUUAAUGACCAAAGAUGCUACAUAUGCAUAUGGUAAAGAAAUAUGCUCAUGGUUAUCGUUGAAACAUGAUAUGAACAAUCCACAACAGAUAUCACUUUUAAAUGAUGUGAAAAUUGUUCAAGUAGAUUAUGGAUGUGAUUUUGUUGCCAUUCUUACUGAUGAAGGACAAGUAUUCCUAGCCAACGAUGUUGAUUCUAAGUGGAAAACAAAGAGAACAUUACGAUUGAUUUCUAACCAUAAUGAUCGUUUCAAGAUGAUUGCUUGUGGAUGGUCGCAUUUAUUAAUGCUACGACAAGAUGGUCAUGUUUUCGCAAUGGGUGAUAAUAUUUGCUCUCAAAUAACUGGUAAUGAAGAAUCAUCAUAUCAAAGUAUGAAACACAUUGAUAACCUAGAAAAUGUCAAGCUCAUAGUUUGUGGUGGGAUUCAUAGUUUAUCAAUAACUAAUAAAGGAGAAAUUUAUUCUUGGGGCGAUAAUGAUUUUGGUCAAUUAGGUCUUGGCGAUGAAGAAAACCGAAACACCCCAUGUUUUGUUGCAUUUCAAAAUGAUGAUUCAAUCGAUAUACGCAUCAAAGAUAUUAUGGCUGGCCCAUUUUUUUCAUUAUUUUUAUUCGAAAAUGAUCAGCUUUGGGGAUGUGGUUUUAAUAAAAAUGGUGAACUUGGUCUUGGUGAUGAUAUUAAACGAUCAAAGUUGACAAAAAUACCGAUUGAAAAUGUACAACAAAUUGCAUGUUCGAAAUUCCACAGAUUUUCAUUGGCACAUGAUGGAUCAUCGUAUUAUGCAUGGGGCAAAACCGAAAAUGGCAAAUGGUCAUCACCUAGAAAAUUGGAUGAUUCACAUUCAUCAUUUGCUUCUGCAUCAGCUCUGUUAUGCAAUUCACCACACACAUUUGGCCUCACAUCAAUAAUCCACGAAUUCAAAUCACAUGAUCCAAUAUCGUAUCAGUGCAAAUCAAUCAUCCAAUUAUUCGAUAAUCAAGAUAUUUACGAUGUGGAAUUUAAAAUUAACGAAAAUCGUAUUAAGGCAUGCAAAUGUUAUCUCAAAUCUGCAUCGGAAUAUUUUUGUCGAAUGUUUUCCGGUAAUUGGAUUGAAAAUAAUCAAGUAAUCAUCAACGAUUAUUCGUAUGAAACAUACUAUGCAUAUCUACGAAUGUUACAUACUGGUAAAAUUUAUAUUAAUCUUCAAAACAUAACCGAACUUGUUGAUCUGGCCAAUUGUUAUGGUGAUGAAAAAUUGCUGAAAUAUUGUGAAACAUUCAUACGGAAUGAACAAACUAUGCCCACAUAUCUUCCAUUGAUUAACAAAUACGAAAUGAGCGAAUUGCAAGAUAAACUCAGAAACAAGAUAAUAGCAAGAUCACCGAAUGAAAAUAUCUACAUUGAUUUAUUUCAAUACGAUUUCAUAUACAUUGAUCAAGAAUUUUUCCAAUCAGUUGGUUCGAUUUUCAGCUUUAUUUUGGAAGACAAAAAUGAAUUUUUAUUGAUGACCAAAGAAGCUACAUAUGCAUAUGGUGAAGAAAUAUGCUCAUGGUUAUCGUUGGGACAUGAUAGGAGCAAACCACAACGGAUAUAUUGUCUUGAUGAUAUGAAAAUUGUUCAAGUAGAUUAUGGACGUAAUUUUGUUGCCAUUCUAACUGAUGAUGGACAAGUAUUCCUAGCCAGCAAUGUGAAAUCUAAAUGGGAAACGAAUAAAACAUUACGAUUGAUCUCCAAUGAUGAUGAUUGUUUCAAGAUGAUUGCUUGUGGACAGUAUCAUUUAUUAUUGCUACGACAAGAUGGACAUGUUUUUGCCAUGGGUGGUAAUAUUCAUGGUCAAAUAACUGGUUACAAAGAAUCGUCAUAUGAAAGUAUAAUCCACAUUGAUAACCUAGAAAAUGUCAAGCUCAUAGUUUGUGGUGGGCUUCAUAGUUUAUCAAUAACUAAUAAAGGAGAAAUUUAUUCAUGGGGCCUUAAUAGUUGUGUUCAAUUAGGUCUUGGUGAUGCAAAAAACCGAAACACCCCAUGUCUUGUUGCAUUUCAAAAUGAUGAUUCAAUCGAUAUACGCAUCAAAGAUAUUAUGGCUGGCCCAUUUUUUUCAUUAUUUUUAUUUGAAAAUGGUCAACUUUGGGGAUGUGGUUCUAAUAACAAUGGUGAACUUGGUCUUGGUGAUGAUAUUAAUCGAUCAAAGUUGACAAAAAUACCGAUUGAAAAUGUACAACAAAUUGCAUGUUCGAAAUUCCACAGAUUUUCAUUGGCAUAUGAUGGAUCAUCGUAUUAUGCAUGGGGCAACACCGAAAAUGGCAAAUGGUCAUCACCUAGAAAAUUGGAUGAUUCACAUUCAUCAUUUGCUUCUGCAUCAGUUCAGGUAUUGAAUUCACCAAUCACAUUUGGCCCCACAUUAAUAAUCCAUCCAUUCGGAUCACUUGAUUCAAUAUCGUACCAAACCAAAUCAAUCAUCCAAUUAUUCGAUAAUCAAGAUAGUUAUGAUGUGGAAUUUAUUAUUGAGAAGAAACGUAUAAAAAUGUGCAAAUGUUAUCUCAAAUCUGUAUCGGAAUAUUAUCGACGAAUGUUUUCCGGUAAUUGGAGUGAAAAUGAUCAAGUAAUCAUCAACAAUUAUUCUUAUGAAACAUACUAUGCAUAUCUACGUAUGUUACAUACUGGUAAAAUUUAUAUUAAUCGUCAAAACAUAACCGAACUUGUUGAUCUGGCCAAUUGUUAUGGCGAUGAAAAAUUGAUGAAAUAUUGUAAAACAUUCACACAUAGAGAAAAAAUGUAAGCUUCACGGCAUUGCUAAUAAUGUGAAAAAAUGCAUGGUGACAAUUAAAGAGAAAGCUAUUUUUCAAAUCAUUGAUCCGAUUACUGUCUAAAAAUGCAUCAUCAUCAACAGCAUCAUUAUCGUUUUUUUUAUUUGAAAAUCAACUCUUUCAACUUUGAUUGAAUCCACUUUUAAUGAUGAAAUAAUUAUAUUCCUCAAUACA